AGAAGUCCUAACCAGCUGUGUGAACGGCUGCCGCUGCACAGCCGUUUGUCCAAUUUCUUGCCUCUCCAACGUUUGUUUUUAUCAGUGAUUAUUCAUUAGAUCAGGUUUUCCAUCCUCUCGCCAGAUAUACCCGACACAAAAAACGUACUUAUGGUGUCGGUGGGGCGCUUUGCUGUUGAGAGAAUGUGCAGUUAGUGUUAGCUAGCCGCAGCCAGGCUCGGACCGUCGCCGCGCGGUGUGUGGACAAGCAAGGGAGCGGAGAGGAGAGGCUAACUGGGGAGGGCUGCAGUUGGCCGAACAUCCCCGAAACCGACCCGAACGAUGGGGCUGAUCUUCGCCAAACUGUGGAGCUACUUCUGCAACCAAGAGCACAAGGUGAUCAUUGUGGGUCUGGACAAUGCGGGCAAGACCACCAUCCUUUACCAGUUCCUGAUGAACGAGGUCGUUCACACGUCGCCCACCAUCGGGAGCAACGUGGAGGAGAUAGUGGUGAAGAACACCCACUUCCUGAUGUGGGAUAUCGGCGGCCAGGAAUCUCUGCGCUCCUCCUGGAACACCUAUUACUCCAACACAGAGUUCAUUAUUCUGGUGGUGGACAGCACCGACAGAGAGAGGCUGGCCAUCUCUAAAGAGGAGCUCUACAGGAUGUUGGCUCAUGAGGACCUGCGGAAGGCAGCUGUGUUGAUAUUCGCCAACAAGCAGGACAUGAAGGACUGCAUGUCGGCAGCGGAGAUCUCCAAAUACCUCACCCUGAGCUCCAUCAAAGAUCACCCCUGGCACAUCCAGUCCUGCUGCGCUCUCACGGGAGAGGGUUUAUGCCAAGGCCUCGAGUGGAUGACCUCCAGAGCUGGACUCAGAUAGCCCCUCUCUCUCCUGCCAUCGAUGCCUGAAUACCUGCACCUCCUCCCCCUCUGAGGUGGCCCACCGUGUUUGUCCUGACUGGCUCACCCCCCCAGCCCCCCCCAGCCCCCCUCUUUGUCAACGACACUACAUCAGGACAGCAGCGUUGACGGACCGCCAUGAAAUGAUCCGUCACGGGGGAGUCGGGGCUGAAACAGACUUGCAAAAGAAGAUGUCAAUCAAGGACAAUUUCCGCUACAUCCAUAUCAUGUCGCAUUACUUCUCAUCGAGCCGAGUACGAGGAGACGGUAAUAAGGUGCAGCUUUCGUUCAGGUCAAACUGAGGGAAUUACGCAGUAUUAUGAAAGCAGGUUUAAUAGUUAUAUUCACACUAAGUUGCUCUAUUAAAUUGUUUUAUUUAGUUCUCAUUUCUGAGCCCAGAUGUUGGUGUGUUGCAUUCAAAUUCAGUUUCAUAAGCUACAUUUGUGUGUCUCGCUUUCUUUGGGAGUUUUUAACAUGUUAUUCCUUUCUUGGGUAUUUUUUAUUAUUAUUAUUUUGGGCCAUAAAUUAACCUGACUAUGCUGAGUCAGACUGACGACGUGCUAAACUUCGGUGAUGGUGGGGGGAGGCUAAAACACCACAUUGACGGCAAGCCAAGGCUUGGUUUUAACAGUAUUUUUCUGCAUUUUAUAAGGGAUGCGUUGCGUUAUUUAAUUUGUUUUGCUCUAUAGUGAUUUUUUUUUUAGUGGAUAUUAUAGGUUAGCGUCUAGACUUUUACUCGAAGCUUGUAUCUUGGGCUGUUUUUUGUACUUUUUAAACGUAGGGAUCACCACCCACCAGGUGCCAAGCAUUUCCAGGAAGCCGUUGCUCAUGAACCGCUCGCAGCGUAGCGUUCAGUGACGUCACGUCGCCGUCAUCCCGAGGCCGACGCUGACCCGAUACGUCAGCCGGUGCUGGAGGUUCAGCCUUAACAGGACCUCUGUGGUCGGCCCCCGGUCCGUUUCCUUGUCCGGCUCGUCAGAAGAACCCUUCACUUCGCCGUCGCAUCUAUGCACGCGCCACUUUGAGACCUCGUCACGCUGGUUCAGAAGUGGCCACAUUAGGAGGUGCAGGAACAGGAAGUUGAGGCGUGCGCCUGUUGACACCCUGCAGCAGAGAGGCUCGCAGCGCCUCAGCCGGAGCUCACAAAGCAAGGAAACGGGUCGCGUACUGUGCUGACAUCUCGUCUGGAUCAUGUACUGCAUUGUUCUCAUUAAACGGUUGUUUUUUUUUUU